UCGGAGCAUGCUCAGAUGGGGUAGGAGAUACGCUGCACGGUACGAGGGCACAGUGGGAAAAGCCUGGCAACUCUGCGGAAGCUUUUUAUAGACAUAUGGAGCAGCAAUAAGUCCAAAUGGCAUCAAUUCUGGACCAAAGCCACAAAAGCCAAGAGAAGACAAGCUAUACUGAAAUUCUGGUGUGGGUUAGCUGAACAGGAUGUCCGGAACGCUCUAUGUCUCGGGGUGAUGGUUCUUCAUAGCAGUAUCUGUCAGGAUUGCCUCGGAGAGAAGCAAUUUUUGGCUCGUCCUCCCAGGUGUCACAUCGGAUGUGUUCUUUUUCUGCCAGCUCGAUUGGCAAUGUGAUGUUUUCUUACUAUUCUCAGUGCACUUUUUGGAUACAUAUAUUCUUCACAUCAAAUUCUGAUGGCACCUACUCUGAAGGCUUUCUCAUCAAUGGAAAACACACUGUAUGGCAUACGUUUUUGAAAAAGUGGAGUUGCAACAGAGGAUGCACAUGUAGAUAUGGAGAACCGAUAAGGCCAAACAACACUGUGGUGGGCUUCAGACAUGAAGCCCAGUGUCCUGUCCCCUCCUGGCUGCUGCUGCUGCUGUCGUCCCCAUGUGAAGGAUGUUUCACAGCACAGCGCUAGGACCAUUUGAACCGAGCCAGAGCCCUGACCGGAGAGCAGAGAUCCGCAGGCACAUUAAGAUGGUCAUGGAACAGCUGGAGAAAGUUCUUGCUGAGCUCAAGGACGUGGCAAAAGAGCUCCGGGAGGUUGUGGGACAAAUCGACAAGUUAACAUCAGAUAUCGACCUUGACUCAGACGAUGACCUGACACUAGUGUGUUGCAGAGAGGACUGUAGUGACCUCUUGCACAAUGAGACAUUAUCCGACUACCACUUAUCGCACAACCGUCUGCUAGACAGGGUCCGUAGCCCAACCACAGCCAAGAAACAAGAAUUAGAGCUCUACCGCAGGAGCUGUGGAGACUUGCCUGCCCUCAAUGGACCGUUAAAGGCCUCAAACAGCCCUAAAGCCUCCUGGCUCUUUGGAUCUGGAGGACAGCUCCAUUAUUACGACAAGACGCUAUAUCACGCAUUAUGCUGUGACGAUGACUAUAAUGACGAAGAUAGAGGUGGAAUGAGAUCAUCGAGGCUGUCGUCCACCGAUUCCGUGUUUUCAUCUUCACCUCCGAGGUUUCUGACGCCCAGAUGUAACCGUAAAACGUACUCCAGCCCGGACUCGAAGAAAAGAGCUCUCCGUAGCUGCAGUACGCAAACUGUUUCCGAUAAAAGCACACAAACUCACUUCCCAUACAUUCCAGCCAAGCAAAGAGCUUCAAGUGACUACAAGAACUGAAACUUUCCGCAAGCGUCCCGAAACUUGGAUAGUUAACCCAGAAUGAAUCAUCUGUCAUUAAUUUUUCACCCUCAUGCUGCUCUGAAACCAUAUGAC